AAAACCGACGGGAAAGUGGCUCACCAAUUCAUUUGAAACAAAAUUGAUAAAAAGGAAAAACAUACGUCAAUAAUAUCGGGGUGUAUACAACAAUAAUACAAAAAAUAAAUACUAUGUGAAGUUGUAAGCUGUUAACAACGGAACGAAACUUUAUGUUCAAACCGAUAAAUAGGGGCUAAAUUUCGAAACCUGUAGCCGGAAGUAGAGUAGGUCUGUAGGUGUCUGACUUGAUAACAGUAGGUUUAGAUGGUUGGUAACAACUGGGGCUACCCGGGAUUGUUCACAACAGAGGAAGGCGCACCAGCUCUGACCAAAUAAAGCACAGUUGCGAUUCUUAGAUCCUGUUUCGGAACCAUACAAACGGAAACUAACGUUAACGCGUUCUUGUGCCACAGGGCUUCGUGGUUCUACUGAAAGCUGUUGUUUGUACCGAGCUAGCUUUGUCCUUCUUCGCAAUCACAGCUACGGUGGUGUUGCUGGUAUAUUUAUACAAAUCGUUGUGGAAUAUGGCUCAGCAUGGACAUCAUGUAGCCAGUUCCCAAAAAGCACUAAUGCUGGAGAUGAAAAGUCUCCAAGAUGAGCCGGUCGAAGGGUUCAAAAUAACUUUGGUGGACGAGUCGGACAUGUACAACUGGGAAGUAGCGAUAUUCGGACCUCCAAAUACACACUACGAAGGUGGUUAUUUUAAGGCUCGGAUCAAGUUCCCUGUCGACUACCCGUACUCUCCACCUGCUUUCCGCUUCCUCACCAAAAUGUGGCACCCCAACAUUUAUGAGAAUGGAGAUGUUUGUAUCUCUAUCCUGCACCCACCAGUGGACGACCCACAGAGUGGUGAGCUGCCGUCAGAGAGGUGGAACCCCACACAAAACGUCAGGACCAUCCUGCUCAGCGUGAUCUCUCUGCUGAACGAGCCCAACACUUUCUCGCCGGCCAACGUGGACGCAUCCGUCAUGUACCGCAAGUGGAGGGACAGCAAGGGCAAGGACAGAGAAUACAUCGAGAUUAUCAGGAAGCAAGUGCUGGCUACCAAAGCUGACGCAGAGCGGGACGGCGUCAAGGUUCCCGUCACAUUGGACGAGUACUGUGUACGCACCCAGGUCCCGCCCACAGACGACGGCUCCAACCUCUUAUACGAUGACUACUACGAUGACGAAGAGCUGGAGGACGAUGAUGAGGACGACAACGAGGACUGUUGCUAUGACGAGGACGACUCGGGCACCGAGGACUCCUGACCUCGCCUCCCCCAUGAUGUCCCACCAUACCCCCGACCCUGACCAGUCCCUGCCCCACCCCACACCCCCCACACACUUCCCUCUUCUGUCAUGGACUAAAUUUUAAUUCCCUGCCCCACUUCUUCCUCCCCUCAUCCCCUCAUCAUCCUCACUUAGCACAGGCCCCCCCUGUCCAACCGUCUGUCACAUGUGCAGUCACAGUAUGCACACUAAAACCUGAUGCAUCGAAGAAAAGAAAGCUACAGAGUUGUUUUUGUUGGUUUCUUACAUGUUUUCUUUCAUUCUUUCAUUUUUUUGUCUGAGUAGAGGUUGCACACAUGAUACACACACAGCAGGAAAACUUACAGUAACAGUACUUCCUCAUGUGCAUCUGCUUGUCUGCACUGGUAACUGGUUUAAUUUCCCACAAAAGUGUUUUUUAGCUCCUAGACCUAUUUCUUCCUCUGGCAUUGAGAGAAACAAAGCUAUGUUGUGUUUUUUUUUUUUUUUUUUUUUAAUGGUCACGCCUUUUCUUGACAUCAUCAGCAGCAGGGAGGAAUAUAAUGUCACAGGUCAGAUCAGAUCAGAGUAAACAAGCAGAGAGCAUUUACAAAGGAAGCUAAUUUAGAAAAAUUAUAGUGUGUGUGUGUGUGUGUGUGUGUGUGUGUGUGUGUGUGUGUGUGUGUGUGUGUGUGUGUGUGUGUGUGUGUGUGUGUGUGUGUGUGUGUGUGCGCGCGUGCCCGUGAGUGUUCAAAAUCUGAGUUACGUCCGCCUCUGAGCCAUGUGUGUGACCUCCAGUUACCAGGCUGUUUGAAGCCCUGCCAUGCUUCACCUCUGACAUUUUUAGAGCCCCAGGGCUUGUGCUGCUCCAAACAGGGAAGCCAUUCACACUCCCUUGUGCCUUCCCUCGCUCACUGAUACCACAGGUCUGAAUGACUCGUGGGACAGACUGGUCAAAGCAAAAACCCCUAGCAGCCAGACAAACAAAGGUGGCAGAGGGAGAUAUCACAAGGUCUCAGGUGGGGAUAACUGUGCACACAGUGCCCUCCUGAUGAUGGAACAAGUUAUUUAUAGCAGCACCUGUCAGACUUGUCCGGGGUGUGAGUAAGAAAGGUAAGAUCCAACAGCUGAACUAAAGAGUGGAAUGUAGAUCAGGAUCCCACACAUGUCCUCUACCGACUGCCACACAGCCUUCAUCACACAAGCACGUGCUACUAGGGGCCUGGAUGCAUUAACAAACAGCUAGCUGAGCCUGCUGCUGCACAUGAAAUCCAAUGUACUGUAUUUUUAAAAAAAAAACAAAAAAAAAAACCUAUGCAGUCAGUGUUUGAACUCAAUUAUUAUGCAGUGCUUUGAAUGUGGCAGUGAAGCUGAGCCUUUCAAAUGUCUGACCUGAACUUCAGCUUGAGUUUUACAAGCCAGCUACAUACCUGUUAGGACUUUGGACUGACGAAUCCUUGGUUAGAGAUGGACAGUUGUAGUUGUAUCUGUGUUCGUGUUUGUCAGUGGUUUGUUAAUCUAAACCAGAGUAGCACAAGUCUCCAGAGCAGAAGAAAACGAAUGAAAUUGUACACUAGCCUUCACAGAGCACAUACCCCUAGUGGUGGCUGGGUGUAUAGGCAGUGUUUUUUCUGUUUUUUUUUGUUUUUUUUGCUUUGAAAUGUUCAACUGGGCCACAGCCAUCUUGACUCACCUGAAUCAAUGACCCCUGUUACCUGAGACGAGAUCGGUAGCAGUGCGAGUGAUUCAGAAGAAUGAAACUGACCUGAUAGGGUUUUGUUUUUCUGUCUGCACUGUCCGAGCCCCUCUUUGUAACUGCCAGAAGUGCUCUGUUGCACACUCAAAGACACAUUACCACCAUCCAGCAGUAUUUCAAAUGAAAUUCUCAACAUCGCUGUAACCAUGUUUCCGUUGUGUGUGUGUGUGUGUGUGUGUGUGUGUGUGUGUGUGUGUGUGUGUGUGUGCGUGUGUGAGAGAGAGAGAGAAUAGUCGCUGAUCGUUUAUAUAACUUGCCGAGAAGUGCAGAAAUGGGAAGGCCUGGGGAUAGGGUUGAUCUUUGAGCAUGAACGGGAGAAUGUGGUUCUUCACUAGCAUGCUGUUAAUGAAGUGUUUGUGGUUUUAGAUCUGCUAUAAGGGUCGGGAUUGUGUCCAGGGACAAAGGUUCUCAAUUUUAUCUAAAACUGUUGCAUUGUGAAUGGGCUGAAGGUUAACUGUUUAUUUUGGGCUUCUUUUACAGUUUUUUGAUGUAAUCUUAUUAUUUCCAAAUUGUGGUGUGAGCUGCAAUGUUUUCUGUCUUAUAUGUAAGUGCUAAGAAUAUUGACCUGAUUGUUUAAAAACCCAGGAUUGUUCAUGGAAGAGCGAAUAAAUGUAUCAAUCGAUUACAUGAAAAAUCAAACAACAGAAAAGUUGUACAGAACCAAAUUGACACAGCACACCAUACAGUAGUUCAUUUCCAGCCUUUCUCAGCCCUGAAUGCUCAGAAAUUAGUUAUCAACACUCAAUAAUUGACUGAUGUCCGUUACACAGCCUAUGAAUGAUUCUCCCCCCCUCGGUUUUGUUGUUUUAGGGUGAAUGGGAUUUCUUUUUUUUCUUUUUUUUGUCAAACCACUGUUAUUUUUAUUGUCUCUUAGUCCCCACUCACCCUCCUUCCCCCAGUUCUCUGAGCUCUGAUUGGUGGCAGCAUCACUGAGGGAAAAACCCAGCAGUCAAUUACAGAAAACAACAAGAACCUCAGGAAAAAAACAAAACAAAAAAAAAAA